GUUGAUCGUUGAACCGUGUGACAUCAAUGUUAGAGGGCUCUGCCUUGGCUUGGUUUAAUUGGCGUAUGCGUGACGGCUUAAUUGAUGGUUGGGCAGAUUUUGUUGAAAAGUUCAAGAUUCGAUUUGCUCCACUACAUGAUUUGGAUUAUAUUUGUUUUGAGAAGACAACAAAGAAGGUUAUAGACAUAUUUGUUCACCAGGUGGAAGACACCACCACACUACCUACCCCGACUAUGGAGGAUGCACUUGGAUCAACAAAAUUCAGCACUGGACCAUGUGAUGAAAAUGAGGUGAGCAGUGUAUUUGAAGCCAUGAAUGAAGAUAACGGGAAGCCCAACACUAUGGAAGUAAUUGAUGAUGAUCGUAACCAUGAAGAUGUUGCUAAGAACUACAAGCCCGAUCCUACUUUUCAGGAUAUAGAUACCUCGAUUGAUGUGUUCAUUGCGGAGUAUAAAGUUUCAAGAUGUAAAGACAAAGUAGCGGAUGAAGAGUUUCCCAAAGUUGACAACUCAAUUUCAUUGGAUACCCACAAGUUGUUUGACCUUGAUGAUAUUGAAAAGUUUGAAUACCUAGCUCCCUUGCGGGUAGUCCGCCACCUGUUUGGUUUUGCCUCAACUAUCCUCUGUUACGCUUCAAUUAUCGAGAUUUGUAAUGAUGGGUCACCAGGUGGGGAUCUUCUUUGGCUGAACCCUUUCCCUUUUAUCUAGAAGCACGAGUGUGAACUUCCACCUUGAGGACUAGGUGGCUUUUUAAGGCCCCUAUGAUUCAUCAUCUACGCAUCUUAUAAAGGGUAAGGAGGUAUUUUACAUUGAAAUCAGUUUCUCUCUCUCAAUCCCAUCUUCAUCUUCCCGAGAUCAUCGCAUACACUCCAUCUUCCAGAUUCCUUCCAAAUCUUGCGUCAUAAUCUGUUAUUACAUGAUGGGUCCAUAAAGACGAGGCCAUGGAUCUGUAUGAAGUUCGACAGUCAAGAUGUAAAAAGCAUAGAUGAUGUUUGAUGAAUUGGCCGACUGAUUCUCUUGCUAAUUUAGCACACAAUUUCAAAAUCAUUUGUUCAUGUGAAUUGUGCUUCUUGUUAAUUUUCUGCUCAUUUAGGUUGAAUGAAUUGCAGUAAGUCUUUAUUUACGUAGAAUUUUUUGUUUUUGUUUUUGUUCUUUUGCUGGAUGAAUUUGGAAUUUAGUGUGCAAAAACUCCAUUUAGUUGGUGCAGGGAGCGAAAUGGGACAUAGAUGCAGUAUUAUUAUCAUUGGUUGCACAUUGAGUAAUAGAUUUGUUAGAGUUAGAGAUCCAAUAUAAUUGGAAAAUUGGA